AGGACAAGAUAAAAGUGAUCAAAGGCCUGAACUCGCACAUUGAGUCCAUCAUCGAGUGUAAAUCACAGCUGUUGGUGAGACUGCAGCAGCCAUUUGUUGGUGACUUCAUCAAACUAGAAGCCCAGUAUCACAAAUUUGCGGGAGCACUGUUCCCCCAGAUAGCUCCUCUGUUGGCAGACCUCAACACACAUCUAGAGAACAUAUCUUGGACCAAGAACCUUACAUUUUCUGAUGGGAAAUUGGAGAUAAUGUUGUCCGAGCUGAACAGCAUCCUGGCCACGCUGCAGACCAACUUCCAGUCCCUGUGUCAGAUGAGGGGCAGCAUGGGGUCUCUGUACCAGCAUGACUCCCAAACAGUACCACAUUAAUUCAGUAUGACUACCAGGCAGUGCAGCAUUUAUUCAGCAUGACUCCUAAACAUGGCAGCAGUAAUUCAGCAUAACUCUCAGACAGUGCAGCUAUAACUCAGCUGGAUUUGCAGAUAGUUCAUCAGAAAUUGAGCGUGAUUAAGUCCUCACCUUGUGGAUACUGUGUCUAAAUACUGAAUGUAGGGACUGGGAAUUAGGAGAACAUUUCUUUUUAAUGGAAGCAGCAUUAGAUAUAGAUAUAGAUUUCAUUAUAAAGGAGCAGAAUUUCGUCAUAGACAGGAGGGAGUAAUGAUCCUGUAUAGAGGAGUAUAAGUUCAGUUAAGCAGAGCAGCAUUUUAUGAAAAAGGAGGUGCAUUUUCAUUUAAAUAUCAGUUUCAGGAUAACAUAUUUGUUAAUAUACUAAAUCUCCUCAAUCUCUGCACUUUUCCUCUUGUACAAUAUGUAUAUAUACAUGUAUAGGCAUUGAUCCUACUAUGCAAGCAUGAAUAUUUUAUAUUACAUAAUGGAGUGUAUGUUGAUGUUCAAAUAAACUGUUUCAAUGUAA